AUGUCUAAUGUAAUAAAAUUUAGUUUUAAACACAUAAUACCUUUAUCAAGAUGUUCUUACGUUCGUACGAAAUCUACUUGUUUACUAAAUAUAAAAGGUUACAGCAGCAAAGCUGCAACUACAGACAGCGAUGUUUUUGAUAAUUUCACGGACUGGGAAACCUUAAGUAAAACGAAGAAAAUCAGCAAGGCUAUGAGGGCUUACCUGGAAAGAGCUAAGGAACAUGAUGAAUUUAUGAAAAAACAGCAAUUCGAAUUUAGCAUUGGAAAGAGACAUCUUGCAAAUAUGAUGGGUGAAGAUCCAGAAACUUUUACACAAAAGGAUGUGGACCGUGCUAUAGAAUAUUUAUUUCCUAGCGGCAUUUAUGAUCCAGCUGCUCGUCCACUUAUGAAACCACCAGAAGAAGUGUUUCCAGCGCGAAAAGCGGCCGAAUUUGAUGAAGCAGGUAGACCACAUCAUUUUUUAUUCUAUACUGGGAAACCUAACUUUUUUAAACUCCUAUAUGAUGCAGCUGAGAAUAUACAGUUUCUGUAUAAAUUUGAGGAUAAAGUUAUUAGAAAAAAAGAGACUCCAUAUCCUAACCAAAACUUGGAUUUAAGUAAUACUGUUUGGUUCACAAAAGAUCAACUGGAGCAGCAUUUAGUGGAAAAACUUACUGAUUUGGAAUAUGAGAAUUUUAAACUUGUCAUGGAAAGACUAAUUUCAUUGCCCUAUUCUUAUCAAUUUAAAGAUUUCAUUGAGAAAUUCAGAAAAACACUAACCUCUCAGAAGUUUGCUCUAGAAAUCCCUAAACCAAACUUUGAUGAGGAUGGGCGAGCAUAUGUAACAACUUACGAGUGUUUGCGAAAAAAAGCUAGAGGUGAUGUCACCAUCCGUUCACCUGGUACUGGUAAAAUAAUUAUUAAUGGAAAAGAUAUAACAUACUUUGAAGACACCCAGUCUAGAGAACAAGUGAUUUUCCCAUUGAUAUUUACUGGAAUGCAAAAUAAAGUAGAUGUAGAAUGUAAUAUAGAAGGAGGUGGACCAUCUGGACAGUCAGGUGCUAUAAGGUGGGGAAUUGCAUGGGGACUACGUAGUUUUGUUGAUAAAAACAUGCUUGAAGCAAUGCAAGUGGCUGGGUUGUUGACACGGGACCAUAGAAGACGUGAGCGCAAGAAACCUGGUCAACCUGGUGCCAGGAAGAAACCUACUUGGAAGAGAAGAUAA